UUGGGCUGUGGAGUGGAUGGUUGUAGCUGCACUAUAUGGAGGCCAUGAAUAUGCCAGCGUCUCCAGAGAGGUACAGAGUCACAUAGAGAACCCUAAGUACCACCUCCACCAGGCCCAGGCCCAGUACCUGACUCUGAGCUCCAAGCUCGCCGGCCAGGCCCACCCGGGCCCUCACCCCCACGCCGGGCAGCCGCUGGGCACCGUGCCAGUCAUGCGUAACGGGCACAUGCCCCCGCAGGGUGACGGCAGCACCCCAGGCAGCCCCAUCCACCUGCUGACCCUGGCAACCAGUAGCCAUGACAGCGAGUUUCCAAUGGAUGAAGUUAUUGAUGACUUAAUUAGCCUUGAAUCCGGCUUCAAUGAUGGGGGCUUGGAUUGCAUGGAGUCUAACCUCUUAAUGCAAAGCAAUGUGUCCCUGAACGGCGGGAUACUGGAUGUGUACAGCGGUGAGCCAGGUAUGCUCACCCCUCAUGGUGGACUGCCACCCAUCUCUUGCCCCACAAAGCUCACUGUUAAGAGGGAGGUCACAGAACACGACACCAGAGUCAUGGCCAAAGAGCGACAGAAAAAAGACAACCACAAUCUCAUUGAACGGAGGAGAAGAUACAACAUCAACUACAGAAUCAAGGAGCUGGGGACGCUCAUACCAAAGUCCAAUGACCCGGACAUGCGCUGGAACAAAGGGACGAUCCUGAAGGCCUCGGUGGAGUACAUCAAGUGGCUGCAGAAGGAGCAGCAGCACGCCCGUGAGCUGGAGAGUCGCCAGAAGAAGCUGGAGCAGGCCAACCGCAGACUGCUGCUCAGGAUCCAGGAGUUGGAGAUCCAGGCACGGGCCCAUGGUCUGCCCAGCAUGGGCACCUCUCUGGGGCCCGUCGAGCUGUCCAACCAUCUUCUCAAACAGCAGCAGCACCAGCCUCAGGGACCCCAGCAGCCCCCCCUCUACCCCGACGAGCUCAACGGAGGAGCCGAGUACCUGCCCCGCACUCCUAUCAUGGGAGCUCAACCCGGUGGUGCCGCCGCCGUGGCAACCAGCGGAGGGGCCACCAGCGGCAUGCCCUCUGUGCCGUCGUCAGGCGCGACGGGCGGGGCAGGGGAGCCUGGUGACGGCUCGACGACCUUCUCGGACCCGUUGUCGCACUUCACAGACUUCUUCAGUGCCACGUUGAAGGAGGAGCACCGGCUGGAGGAGAUCCUGAUGGACGAUCCGCUCUCGCCGUUCGGCACUGACCCCCUGCUCUCUGCCGCCUCGCCCGACGCCUCCAAGGGCUCCAGCCACCGCUCCAGUUUCAGCUCGGACGACGACGAUGACCUCUGAUGGACCCCCCCCCCUCCCAUAAUGACCUUUGAACCCUCCUGACCUUUCACCCCUCUGUGGCCACGCCACUCCACUGCCCGACACACUCCCAAGCCACAACUCCAACUCCAGGCAAAAAGACAUUUUGCAAAAAGAGGUUUCAUGCUGGAGCCCUGAGACUCUGUGCCCUUGUCUCUUGAACCACUUAACUGCUUAUGAAGAAUGGAGAGAGAGAAAGUGAGAAAGAAGAGAGAGAGAGAAAGCGUCUCCCUCCCUCCGUCCUCCCAGAUCUUACCGACAUUCAUUGAAGCGCAUUAAGACAAAAAAGGGAGAUCCAGUGAUGAUGGGAGAUCUUAACAGAACUCUGCGAACACUGUGCAGCCUGCAGUCACGAAUAGACUGAAUGACUCUCUUACUGUAUGCAGUUCUUACACUGACCACAUCUGAUGCCUGCACUGUGCAGGAGAGAUGUGUUUGUAAAUGUUUCUUAAAUGUUCUUUAUUGACGUUUAUGAAGCAAAAUGGCCAACGUUGCCUUAAUCUAAUGUGUUGUAAAAAAGAAAAUGGACAAAGCAAUGCAAUUAUAAUCGUACUAGUUAAAUACCUAACCCUUCUAUUGUCUUGUCUUAAAUGUAUUUUUUAAGAAAAUAUGUAUGUUCAUGUAUUUAUAUGUUUUAAUCCGUGUAUUCUCAAAAACAAUAUUUCUUACAUCAUCUAACAUGAUACGUUUUUUAU